UCCAAAAGCAUUCUACUAGCACAACACGAACAGCACAGACUAAUAUCUAAAGCCAUAUCUGGAAGACAAAAGCAAUGGACAGCCAGGACAAGGUAGAAGAAACAAUUGAAAGCAGAGAAUGGUACUUGGCAUCCUAUGUACCAGAAGGCGUUCCAACUUCUGAUCACCUUAAACUCCGGACUUCCAGUAUAUCUCUGGCCCAGAUCCCUGACAGCCACGUUGUCGUUAAGGCCCUCUACAUCUCCAUUGAUCCAUAUCUACGCGACAUUAUGACUGGUAUUGACGACGGUCUGUACCUUCCCCAGUUUCAGAUUAACCAGGUGAUAAAAGCAUAUGGUAUUGGAAGAGUGAUUCGGUCAAAGGAAAGUAAUUUUUCAGAGGGUGAUUUUGUGCUGAGUUAUGCUUUUCCAGUAGCUGAGUAUUCAGUUGUGCAGCCAUCUCAUUUACUUUUAAGGAAGAUUGAUCCAGCAUCAGAAAUUUCAUUCGCAGAUUAUCUUAGCACUUUGGGACCAGCUGGGUUUGCAGCAUGGGUGGCAAUCGAGGCGAUAGGGAACCCAAAGCAAGGCUCAAAUGUGUUUAUAUCGGCGGCUGCCGGAGGUGUGGGUAUACAUGCCGGACAGUUGGCUAAGCUCAAAGGUUGUCAUGUUAUUGGAAGCACUGGAUCAGAUGAAAAGGUAAAGCUCUUGAAGGAGUUUGGAUAUGAUGAUGCAUUCAACUAUAAUUCAUCAGAAUCAUAUGAUGCUGCUUUAAGCAAGUACUUUCCUAAUGGCAUUGAUUUUUACCUUGACAAUGUUGGGGGUAAGAUGCUUGAGGCUGUUCUCAACCACGUCAACCGCAAGGCACAUAUCGUCCUCUGCGGAAUGAUAUCUCAGUAUAAUAAGGUUUGGACGGAGAGAGAUGGCAUAAGGAAUCUGUUGAACAUGAUUGGUAAAGAGGUAAAAAUGGAAGGGUAUAUGGUAGGUUCAUUUGUGCAUCGAUUCGGUGAUUUUGCAAAGGAGAUGGAGACUUACAAAAAACAAGGCAAAAUUAGUUCAAAACACGUGCUCUACAAUGGAAUUGAGAGCUUCCUGGACGGCUUAGGAUCUGUUUUCUCAAGCUCUAAUAUGGGGAAGGUUAUAAUUCAAUUUAAUUCCAAGGCCUAAUACUUUCCACCUGUUUUCCUUCAGAAUUCAGACUGCAUAACUCAUAUAUGCAUCUCUUAUAGUCAUGUUUCCAAGUAAUGUUGUUCGAUGUGGAUUUCAAAUCUAUCAAAACACUUCAUACAAUAAUUAUAGUUUAAAUGUUAUCAUUAGAACAAUUAAUCACGAUAUAUUAGUUUAUCUUCGGCUGUGAAA